AUGGCCACCUGGCCAGUGGAGCUCCUCGUCUCGCCACUCUUUCUCGACCACCUGGUCCUCGACCUUUUAUUGGGCUGCAACUACACCAAGGGUUUCCGUGAUCAGAUGGCUUCCAUGACAGACCUCCCAGCGCGAGCCAAAGGGAUUACAUGGAACUACAUGGUCAAUGCACUCAACACCUUCCCCAAGCUGCACAGCAAGUCGACUCUUUCAUCCAUAGAGGGCGAUGAUGCUGGCAGCCUCGCUAGACGCUCGACUCUGUUUUGGCUUUCGUUUGCUUUCCCGGGCUGUCUGGUGUAG